AUGGAGGCCCCACAACCCCCUCAGGUUCACGUCCCUGGCGAAACAGAAUCAACCCAGGAAGCCAAUGUGACUGCCAUCUUAAAUCCCAACUCUACUGAAGUGGAGAUGGGAGGGACAGACCUAACAACGGGCCAGGAACCCGUCCAAGAUGCGACUCUUCCAGACACGCAAACAGAGCUAGAGUCCCCCGUUCCUGCAAAGAAGAACGCGGGCUUCAACUUCCUCGAUUUUUUGACAUCGCCUAUCGUUGAGAUUGUGAUUGGACAAGGUGGCGAGGAGACCGUACUAACAGCCCACCAAACUCUUUUGGUAGAGUCACCAUUCCUCGCAGAGUUGGUGGCCAAAUUCGAGGUGUCCGGCCCGCGACGCAUCAAGCUACAGGAGGAGAAUGUCGAUGCCUUUGGUUGCUUCCUCCAGUUCCAGUAUACCCGAGAUUACACUGUGACACCAUCAGAAACCCCCGGACGGACCACUGCGGACCAGAGUGGUGACCAAUUGCUGAGCCAUGCCCGCAUCUAUACUCUGGCAGAGAAGCUGGGGAUGCCCGUGCUCAAGAGCCUUGCACAUGGCAAAAUCCAUAAAGUUAAGAGCUCGCCUCAAGCAGAGCUUUCAUAUGCACGAUAUGUCUAUACCCAUACUCCAGCAACGGACAGAACCAUCCGGAAGCCCGUGGCAAAUUAUUGGGCAAACCAAAGUCACCUGCUGCGCCAUGAGGUUGGAGAUGAUUUCAAGAAACUUUGCCUCGAAGUGCCUGAGUUUUCUUUUGAUGUUUUGACUAUCAUCCUGGACCGCAAGGAAAAGAAUGGCUUGACCGAUGAUAUCAGGGGAAGUGCGCGUAAGCGCAGAAGAGAUAUCUAG